GGAUAAGAUGUAAGUUCGCUCGUUGUUGAGGGCGUAUGCCUAUGCGGUCAGUUCGUUUAACGACGACACCUUUGAAGGAGUCGAAGCUUUUGAGGUGGCGAAGAUUUUCAGGUGACUUGGCAGGAUGUUCAAAUCCUCGUGGUUGCAGCAGAAUGAGGGAUACGCCCGCCAGCUUCUCGUCUGUUGCUCAGUGAGCAUCCUGCCGUUCGUCUACGGGCUGGUGCAGACGUGGCCGAACCUGGCGAUCGAGGAGAUCCUGAAGGGGGAGGCGGGCUUUGCGGUGGACCCGGAGGACAUCGCGGUGAUCGUGUCGAUGGUGACCCUGGGCGAGUUCCUCAUGCCGAUCCUCUUCGGGUUCGUCCUCGUGCGGCUCGGCCGGAAGACGAACAUGCUCCUCAACGCCCUCAUCUACGCCGUCGCCUGGGCCCUCAUCAUCUUCGCCCGAUCGCCGUUCUGGCUCAUCGCCGCCAACUUCGCUGCCGGCCUCGGCUGUGGCAUCAUACUCAUCAUCGGGCCCAUCUACAUGGCCGAGAUCGCCGACUCCAAAAUUAGAGGUGCUCUGAUAAGCGUGUACAUCACAGUGAUUGCCAUCGGUCAGAUUUUCAUGACAAGCGUUGGUAUUUUCAUCUCCUACUUCGACAUGAACCUCAUAGCGCUGAUCCUGUCCAUCGUGGCUUUCUUCUGCAUCCUCGUCAUUGCCGUCGAAUCCCCCAGUUGGCAUCUCAUUGACAACGAUGAAGUCAAGGCGGAAGAGAGUUUCAACUACUAUUGGAAUACGGGCGAGGAAGCUGAUAGACCGCAGGCAGGAGAGGCCCUGGCCGAGCUGAAAGAGACGGUGAAGCUGGAGAUGGAGUCCUCGAGUUCCUACCUGGAGUUGUUCCGGACACCGAGCAACAUCCGCGCCUCCAUCAUCGUCAUCACCCUCUCCUUCUUCCAGGGGGCCAGCGGGAUCGUCGCUGUACUCACAUACGGCUCCACCACCCUACCCAGGUACGAUGGGUUCUGGAAGCCGUAUCCAACGAUGGCCCUGGUCAGCGCCCUAAACCUGGUCUUCAACCUCGUCUCCAUCGUGCUCAUCGAUAAGCUUGGUCGGCGGCCUUUGAGUAUCGUCUCCAACGCUGGCGACGCCCUCGGGACCGGGAUCGUGGCUGUUUACUUCUUCCUCGAGCAGAACACCGAGUGGGACACCACCAACAUCAAAUGGCUCCCCUACAUCGGUAUGAUCCUCUAUAUUUCCUCCUAUGGAGGUGCCAUGGCCGUCAUACCGCACAUUCUCGUUGGGGAGCUCUUCCCGACCAAUGUCAGGUACCAUGCCUCCGUCGUCUCGGUGAUUUGCAUCGCCGGGAGUUGUGCGCUGUUCAACUACAUCUACUUGGGCGUGAGCCGCGCGGUCGGGGUGGCGGCCAUGUUCGCCAUUUUCACCGUUUGCAGUUUCGCCGCCGCCGUCUUCUCCUGGCUUUACGUAUUCGAGACGAAGAACAUGUCCCUCUCGGAGAUCCAAGCCAUCAUGACAGGGCGGCGACGGACGGGCAGCAGGCCAUCACACGAGUUGAACGAUCUAUCUUAACUUAUUUCAUCUGAGAUCUUCUCGUAUAACCGAAUCAGGGCGGCCUCAGUCAAGGAGGGCUUUGCGAUUUGACCGUCGAUUCUUACGUAAAAGUUCGCGAGAAACACGAUGGGCACCAUCGUGUUUCAGUGAAAAUGUUUGUGAAAAGGAGUUGUCAGUCAAUAUCCAUCAGUUAGAUGACCGUGGGUGAAAAUAAGUGGGUGGAUAAUUCCUCUACCUCUGGCAGGUAAACUGUGGGUGAGUAGGUUACGUGUCCAGGCAUUCCGGGGACACGCUAAUUAACUGCUUAGGAGACGCCCAGUAGCAUCUCCAUUCACCGGGCAGUGAAAAUCUCUGCGUAGGUACAACGCGAAUGGAAGUUCGAUGACGGGAUUUUGGAGAUUUUUCAUCAUUCGAGCCUCGUGGUUCAAGAGAACCGCUGAUUCUUGAAUAUCGAUUUUUCACUAAAUUCAAAUAUUGAGGGCGCAUCCAUUUUUUAAAGAGGGAACCACAUCAUUUCUUUGACAUCGAUUUUUCAUCAUAAAAUCAAGUCUUUUCCAGCAGGUCGAUUGUUGACUCGCUAUCGAAUGACCUUGAUCGAUAUAUAGCAUUGCCAAGAUAGGGCUUUAUCGAUCAAGCUCAUUCGAUAACGACUCAACAAUCGACCCGCAGGAGCAACAAGAGCGACGCUCGUCGCUCGUGCGAAGGGCCGAGCGCCUUUUCAAAUUUCCCGCGCGCCAUUUCGAAUUCCCCGCCUUUUCGGCCUUCUGAAGCUCAGACUCCCAUUGGCUGCGCGCUAAAUGCCUGCUUAGGUGCGGGAUGUUUCCAUUUAUGUAGGUUCAUCUAUUUAGGAACUGAGCUAAAGACAAACGGGAAAAAACACUGUUAAUAAAACUGCAAUAUUUGAAUUAUAUGGGAUUGUAGAAUUUUAUGAUGAUACAAUCCACAAGCAAAGGGACCUUUGGUGUCGAGAAAUCCAUAAUUCAUAUACUAAUACAAAUUAUCAUAUCACCUGAAGGCAUGUUUUAUGCAUCAAACACACAUCAUUUACCCAGAAAUGAAGAACCAAAUCAGAGUGCUGACAGGCUGGCAUUGGUCUUGAAGCAAAAAAAGUGCGACAAAGAUGUACCCAAAAACGGUGUGCAGG